AUGCUCCGCAUGAAAUCCGCGCUCCCGUACGCGCUCGGAGCCCUGGACUGGGACCCCCCGCACCUGCACAACCUCCAGCACUGCUACUGCUACUGCGGCGGGCCCGGCCACUGGAACCUGAAGAUGCUGCAGUGCCGCCGCUGCUCUCAGUGGUUUCACGAGGCUUGCACUCAGUGCCUCUCGCAGCCGCUGCUCUACGGGGACCGGUUUUACAUCUUCGAGUGCAGCGUCUGCCGGGGAGGGGCCGAGAGUGUGCGGAGACUGCCCCUGCGCUG